AUGGCGUCCUCCUUCAGGGUGCUCGCACUUGGUGCGCUCGUCUUCUCCCUCCUUGUCACGUAUGGCUCGUGCGCUAGACCGGCGGUCAACUUUACCGCCUCCGACUUCACCGCCGAUCCCAACUGGGAGGCGGCCAGAGCCACCUGGUACGGUGCGCCCACCGGCGCCGGCCCUGACGACGAUGGUGGUGCCUGCGGGUUCAAGAACGUGAACCUGCCUCCGUUCUCAGCCAUGACGUCCUGUGGCAACGAGCCACUGUUCAAGGACGGCAAGGGCUGCGGCUCAUGCUACCAGAUCCGAUGCCAAAACCACGCCGCAUGCUCCGGCAACCCGGAGACGGUGAUCAUCACCGACAUGAACUACUAUCCGGUCGCCAAGUACCACUUCGACCUCAGCGGCACGGCGUUCGGCGCCAUGGCUAAGCCUGGCCGCAGCGAUGAGCUCCGCCACGCCGGCAUCAUCGACAUCCAGUUCAAGAGGGUGCCCUGCUACUACCCCGGGCAGAAGGUGACUUUCCACGUCGAGGAGGGCUCCAACCCCGUCUACUUGGCGGUGCUCGUCGAGUUCGAAGACGGCGACGGCGACGUGGUGCAGGUGGACCUCAUGGAGGCCAACUCUGGGUCAUGGACGCCGAUGCGCGAGUCCUGGGGAUCCAUCUGGAGACUGGACUCCGGCCACCGCCUCACUGCGCCGUUCUCCCUGCGCAUCACCAACGAGUCCGGCAAGACACUGGUUGCUAACCAAGUCAUCCCGGCCAACUGGGUGCCCAACACCUACUACCGUUCCCUCGUCCAGUAUAAUUGGCUCUCUGCUGCUGCGCACCAUAAUAAUUCUGUGUCAUUGUGGUUGAUUAGUUUGGUACUAGUAUUGUAUUGCUGCAUGGGACUGAGCCAUUGA